ACUGACCAAAAUAUCUCUUUUAGUGUUCUAUGUAAGAAAAAAAAAGUAAUGAGUAAUGUCAUCAUUUUUUAGUUCAAACUACUUCUUUAAGAUGACCAAUUUAUAAAAUGUUUCUGUAUUCUGCAAGUAGAAGCUAAAUUGUGUCAUUCUGCCCGGCAGGCCUCAACCGUCCUGUGGUGCCAAUUGCUCCUGUCCCAGAAGCGCCUUUAACCCAGUGUGUGGGGAAAACAACAUUGAAUACAUCUCACCCUGCCAUGCUGGCUGCGCAAACUUCACCAUGGAUCCCAAAAACCCAUAUAGAGUCCAGAUUUAUAGUAACUGCCAGUGUAUUCCUGGUGUGGCCACAGCCAAGCCUGGCCCUUGUGCCAACCCCUGCCCUCACUAUCUCCUGCCUGUAAUGCUCCUUAUAUCUCUGGCCGGACUUAUUGCCAGCCUAACGCACAACCCCAUCUACAUGAUGGUGCUCAGGUCAGUUCCUUCAGAAGAGAAGUCCUUUGCCAUUGGGGUUCAGUUUCUGCUUCUGAGGGUUCUGACCUGGCUGCCAGCUCCAGCUCUGUUCGGGAUGACCAUAGACUCCACGUGUAUCUGGUGGAAAAUUGCUUGUGGGAAAAAGCAAGGAUGUGGUUACUAUGACAACAACCUCCUUAGAAACAGGUAUCUAGGACUGCAGCUGGGGUAUAAGACAUUAGGCAUUGCGCUCCUGGCAUUUAUUGGCUGGAAAAUGCAGCGGACCAGAGAGUACAGCUUAGAGAAUAAGCCAGAGGGACUCCUGUGAUGCCACAACUCUGCUUAACCCGUCGCAGCUCACUUUUGAGAACCUUCUCAGUGAGUUGAGCCCCUGGAUAUUUCUUGUCAGAAACCCCUCCUUCUAACACCUGGCUGGAAAUAUGAUGAAUUCAGCUUGGACAUUUCUCAAGUUGUACACUAACUUCUUGGGCAUUUAUUUCCACCUGCAUGUAAGCGGGGCCAUAACUGUACAGAUUCAGGGAUUUUCCACCUUCACAGUUAUUUUGGUAUUAAUAAUUAACUACAUAUAGCGCUCAAAACUAUUUAUCAUACUUAUAGCCACAGUUCUCAUUAAAAGAUUAUUUAGGAUUGUGGCACCUUUGGGGAGGUCACAAAACUUAAGAGAAAUGUCUAUAUAUUGUCCUUUUCUUUGGUUAUUACACAAUUUGAUAAUGAUUCAAAAUGAGUUUUUUUUUUGGUCCAUUUGUAUUUGAAGACUAUGUGAAGGAUGUGGGCUCUUUAUGGCCUAAUACACACAGAUACACGAGUGUGUCGAAUAUCAAAUUGUGUGUGAGUUGAGGUGUGUAGCUUCAAAUAAUGAUAGUAGCCUGAGCAGAUUUAAAAUGUUCCUUUCAAAUGUGAAGACAUUUUGAAAAUAGGCAUCAGAUGUUUGUAAAAUAUAUUUUUAUACCUGAUAUUGUUGUUUUAUUAUACACUUUGUGCAUACUUUUGUAUAUAUAUAUUUUUUGCCACAGUUCUUAAUACAAAUGACAACAUACUUUUCUUAUUGCUGCUUGGAGUAAUGAAUCGUGACUUUCUGAUAAGUCUUUAUUAUUCAGUAUGUAACAUUUAUUUACCAAUGUAUAAGUUAUUUCAAAUAUAA